UUGUUUAAUCAAUGUGCGAUUAGUGAGUAUUAUACAUACUAACUUUUGAGAUAUUUACAAAUUGCACAACACACCGAACCCGAUGAGUUACGGGUAACCAAUAUGUAAAAAUAGAGAAUAAGGAAGUGAGAAUGGUCACAGAAUGAGUAUAUGGUAUCAUUGACAUGGAAUUGCAUGGCCUGGUACGCACGCUUCAGUCUUGGUCCACGCUUCGUGAAGGGAGGCAACUCCACGUGGCAUUCCUUAAAACCGGCAUCCUAAACUCCUCCGUCGCCGUAGCAAACCGGCUUCUCCAACUAUAUUCUCGCUGCCGCAAUCUCCAGGAUGCGUCCCACUUGUUCGACGAAAUGCCCCAAACAAAUUCUUUCUCUUGGAACACCCUGGUCCAAGCGCACCUCAACUCAGGUCACACCCACAGUGCCCUCCACUUGUUCAAUGCCAUGCCUCACAAGACCCACUUCUCAUGGAACAUGGUCGUUUCCGCAUUUGCCAAGUCCGGACACCUCCAACUAGCCCACUCUCUCUUCAAUGCCAUGCCCUCCAAGAACCACCUCGUCUGGAAUUCCAUAAUUCAUAGUUAUUCCCGACACGGGCAUCCCGGGAAAGCGCUGUUCCUCUUCAAGAGCAUGAACUUGGACCCUUCACAAAUAGUGUACCGUGAUGCCUUUGUGCUGGCCACUGCUCUUGGCGCUUGUGCUGACUCGCUGGCUCUCAACUGUGGGAAACAAGUCCAUGCGCGUGUUUUUGUCGAUGGCAUGGGGUUGGAGCUUGACAGGGUCUUGUGCAGCUCUCUGAUUAACCUGUAUGGGAAGUGUGGUGAUUUGGAUAGUGCUGCUCGCAUUGUGAGUUUUGUGAGGGAUGUGGAUGAGUUCUCUUUGUCAGCUUUGAUAUCUGGUUAUGCCAAUGCUGGCAGAAUGAGGGAGGCAAGAAGUGUUUUUGAUAGUAAGGUUGAUCCGUGUGCUGUGCUGUGGAAUUCGAUUAUUUCAGGUUAUGUGUCCAAUGGUGAGGAGGUGGAAGCGGUGAAUCUUUUCAGUGCAAUGCUUAGGAAUGGUGUUCAGGGAGAUGCGUCUGCUGUUGCUAAUAUUUUGAGUGCAGCCAGUGGUUUGCUCGUUGUUGAACUUGUUAAGCAAAUGCAUGUGUAUGCUUGUAAAGCUGGUGUGACUCAUGAUAUAGUGGUUGCUAGUUCUCUUCUUGAUGCCUACUCCAAAUGUCAAAGCCCUUGUGAAGCUUGCAAGUUGUUUAGUGAGCUCAAAGAGUAUGAUACCAUUUUGCUUAAUACUAUGAUCACUGUGUAUUCUAAUUGUGGAAGGAUUGAAGAUGCAAAAUUGAUUUUUAACACGAUGCCUAGUAAAACCUUAAUUUCAUGGAAUUCGAUCCUUGUUGGCCUAACUCAGAAUGCAUGUCCGAGCGAAGCAUUGAAUAUUUUUAGUCAGAUGAAUAAGCUGGACUUGAAAAUGGACAGGUUUAGCUUUGCUAGUGUUAUUAGUGCUUGUGCCUGCAGAUCAUCCCUUGAACUUGGUGAGCAAGUAUUUGGUAAAGCUAUUACCAUCGGGCUUGAAUCUGACCAGAUAAUUUCUACCUCCCUUGUUGAUUUUUAUUGUAAAUGUGGUUUUGUUGAGAUAGGGCGAAAAGUUUUUGAUGGAAUGGUAAAAACUGAUGAAGUCUCUUGGAACACAAUGUUGAUGGGGUAUGCCACAAAUGGAUAUGGAAUUGAAGCACUGACACUCUUUUGUGAAAUGACGUAUGGUGGUGUCUGGCCUUCUGCCAUUACUUUUACUGGAGUUCUCUCAGCCUGUGAUCAUAGUGGUUUGGUUGAAGAAGGAAGAAAUUUGUUCCAUACAAUGAAACAUUCAUAUAAUAUAAAUCCAGGGAUUGAACAUUUCUCUUGCAUGGUUGACCUUUUUGCCCGAGCUGGAUACUUUGAGGAAGCAAUGGAUCUUAUUGAAGAGAUGCCUUUUCAGGCUGAUGCAAACAUGUGGUUGUCAGUAUUGAGAGGCUGCAUAGCUCAUGGAAAUAAGACUAUUGGCAAGAUGGCUGCAGAGCAAAUCAUUCAGCUUGAACCUGAAAAUACAGGUGCUUAUAUACAAUUAUCUAACAUACUUGCAUCUUCUGGGGACUGGGAAGGAUCAGCACUAGUAAGAGAACUGAUGAGAGAUAAACAUUUUCAGAAGAUUCCUGGUUGCAGUUGGGCAGAUUGUUGAAUGAGAAACUCCGCUGAGCUUUUUAGUUUCCAGGUGAAGGUUAACCAAUCUGAGGAGGAAACUCUGGACAGAAAUAAGCUUGGAACCACCAUUAGCUUUCAAAAGUGUUUUUGGCCCAUUUUCAGGUUGACUAACUGAUUUGAAGAGAAUGAACAGCUUAAAAGUAUGUGGCUCUAGUUGGGUUAAAGUAAGUUUCUUGCUCUAGCAGGUGGCACUUUGAGUGUUGGACUAUUAGCUUCAAAAAUUGAAAAAACUUGACGCUUACAAUCACAUUCUUUACUGUCAGUGACAUCAAUCUAACCAACGAACAUGUUAUGCUGUCUGCACCAAAGCAUAUUAUGUAGUCUAGUAAACUUGCAGUUAUUUUAUACAUCAUCUCAAACUGAAUUUGGUUGAUGGGGAAGGGAAUUGGUCAUAUGAUUGUGCCAUAACAAUCUUCUUUCUCUGCUAAGAGCCUUAUCCUCUAGCUGUGAUUCGGGUGUAAAUUUGGAGCACAGCUAAUCUUAGCAAACAUCGGUUGUACAUAUUGUUGCAAAGUGUUUAUAGGAAGUUGUCUUGAGGUUCAGAAAACUAACUUAUUGGAACAAAGCCUCUAGGGAGUAUUUGGAAUUAUUUGCAAAUGUUGGUUCCUUACAGGUUGUGUCAUGUGUGGGUUGGAUUGGUGCUACUGCUAUCUAUCACAAGGCAGAAGUUUUGGGACGUUAGGCCUCCCUAGAAUUGCACCGGGAGUAAAAAUGAGAGGAAAACAAUUUUGAUCCCAUUAAUUCCCCUUUUCUUCUCUCCAAAUAUUUGAACAAAACAAGUUUUUUUUUAUAGAAAAAUUCCCCCCUUUUCCUUUCAUCAUUUCCCAUCAAAUUGAACACUAUGUAAUUGUAAAUGACUCCUAUUAUGUAAAUGACUAUUGGACCAUUGACUGUGUAGAUUGAUUCACUGUGCACCGGUCCAAGUGGAUGUUGGCCC